GCGUUGCCAUUGGCUGCCUCGGCUGUCAAUCACCCGGUCCCAGCCGGUGAUUCCCCACCAGCACCUGACGAUCUCUGUGUAUCACGGACAGGGGAGAGACCUAUAUGUAAACAAUACAGAUCUCUUCCCUGUCAGAUCCUGCACUCUGCUUUGUAUGGCUCUGCAUACCAGAACCAGUGGAAAGCACACACACAGCACACAGUGACACAGCACACAGUUAAUCCUUUGAUCGCCCCAGAUGUUAACCUCUUCCUGCCCAGUGUCAUUAUUACAGUGUCAGUGCUUUUUAUUAGCACUGAUCACUGUAUUAGUGUCACUGGGAAUGUCAGUGACAGUUAGUCAGUUCGCGCCAGUGUCAGAAUGCCCGCCGCAGUCCUGCUAUAAGUUGCUGA